CGCAGCAGCAGCAAGUGCACGCAGCAGCAGUGGGGCGUCUUGCUGCAGUGGACGCAGCAGCAGCAGCAGCAGCGCCCAGCCUGCGCGAGCUGCUGCUGCUGCAGCAGUACUUCGCGCUGCAGCUGCUGCUGCUCUUCCAGCGCAAAGGCCUCAGCAACUCCGUCUUGGAAACUUCUUGUCUUUUCUUCCACAGAUUCUUUUUUGCUGUUUCUUCUUUAGCAGCAGAUCCUCGCCCGGCCCUCUUCGCCUGUUUGCUGCUGGCCCUCAAGGCCACGGACACCGCCAGGCACUACACUCUCGGGGCCAGUCCUGCUGCUGCUGCUGCUGCUGCUGCUGCUGCUGCUGCUGCUGCUGCUGCUGCUGCUGGGGAUGCUGCUGUGGUGGUGGUGGAGCUGCUGGGGGACAUUGCGGACUUGGACUUGAAUGCAGUUUUAUCCUUCGAAUUGGUGGUUUGCGAGGCGCUGCAGUUUCAGCUGCUGGCCCUCAGCAGCAAAGAGCCCCUCAACGAGCUUUGUGCGCAGCUAGUUGCUGCAGCAGAGGCCACGCUGCAGCAGCAGCUGCAGCAGCUGCAGCACGAGCAGCAGCAGCAGCAGCAGCAGCAGCAGCAGCACGCGGAAGAGACGCGGAGCGCAGCAGCGAGCAGCAGCAACGGCAGCAGCAGCAGCAGCAACGGCAGCAGCAGCAGCAGCAACGGCAGCAGCAGCAGCAGCAGCAGCAGCAGCAGCAGCAUGAACGACCGCGUGGAGGCGCUGGAGCUGCAGCACAUAAAGCUGCUGUCGCAGCUGGUGCUGCUGCAGGAAGAAGCAGAAGCAACUUGUUUGCUGCUGUUUGCUUCUCCUGUGCUGCCGCUGCUGCACCCCCCAGCCAGACUUGCUGCUGCUGCGCUGCUGGCGAGCCCGCUGCUGCAGCAGCUGCAGCAGCAGCACGGCUUCGACGCUGAACUUGUCAUCAAGAGACACUUGCUCAGCCUCGCAGAGGAUGGCCCAACUGCAGCAGCAGCAGCAGCAGCAGCAGCAGCAGCAGCAGCAGCAGAAGGCAGCGCAGCAGCAGCGCCAGCUGCAGCAGCAGCAGCAGCAGGCAGUGCAGCAGAGCCGCGCGCGCCGCCAGCGGCAGCAGACAGCGCAGCAGCAGCAGCAGCAGCAGACAACGCAGCAGCAGCAGCAGCAGACAACGCAGCAGCAGCAGCAGCAGCAGCAGCAGCAGCAGCAGCAGAAGAGCGUUGGUCUGAGCUGCUUCGUUGCUUCUCGGAAAUAAAAAAAGAAUUAAUUGUUUUAAAACAAACUCAAAGACAGACACAAAACGGCCAACUCUCCCAGCCCAUGGCUGCUGUCCUCGCCAGGGCCGUCGAAGCAGCAGAAGGGCCCCACUUGCGUACCCUGAACCCCACGACAAAUAGGGGCCCCUUCCCCAAGCAGCAGCAGCAGCAGCAGCAGCAGCAGCAGCAGCAGCAGCAGCAGCAGCAGCAAGGAGUCUCAGCAAGGGGGGCCCCCAGCAUGAUAGCUACUCCGCCGCAGCGCCAGCAGGGGGCCCCCCCUCAGACUCGCAGCCCUGCAGCGCAGCAGCAGCAGCAGCAGCAGCAGCAGCAGCAGCAGCCUGUGAAGCCGCCGCUGCCUCCUGCUGCGCACAACGGGCCAGCCACUGCGUGGAUGGAAGCAGCAGAAGCAGCAAGGCAGCUGCUGCAGAACAUGAGAAUGCCUGCUGCAGCAGAAACGGAGCAGCAGCAGCAGCAGCAGCAGCAGCAGCAGAUGCUGCGGGCUGCGGAGGCCCGCUACCGCCGCAGCAGCAGACACACAGAAGAUCCACGGCCACGGAGCUCUUUGCAGGAGGAGGGGCAGCAGCAGCAGCAGCAGCAGCAGCUGCAGCAGCUGCAGCAGCAAGUGGAGUCGCUGCAGCAGCAGCUGCAGCAGGAACGCCAGAAGGCCCGAGAUGAGUCUGCUGCGCUGCAGCAGGAGACAGCAGCCCUCAGACAGCAGCUGCAGCAGCAGCAGCAGCAGCAGCAGCAAGACAACGGAGAGCAUGGGCAGCAGGAGCGGCAGCAUUUGGUGGAGCAGCUGCAGCAGCAGCAGCAGCAGAUCAAGCUGCUGCAGCAGCAGCUUGACGAGAAGCAGCAAGCGUCAGCUUCUGCGGUGGACGCAGAAGGCAAUGAACAGCAGCAGCAGCAGCAGCAGCAGGACUUAAGGCAGCAAGUGGAGCAGCUGCAGCAGCAGCUUGCGAGCCAGGGCCAGCAGUUGGAGGAAAAGGAGCAGCAGCUGCAGCAGCUGCAGCAGCAGCUGCAGCAGCUGCAACAGCAGCUGCAGCAACAGACAGAGAAAGCGGCGCAGCAGCAGCAGCAGCUGCGCGAGUACGAGCGGAAGAGUGCUGCCGCUGCUGCAGCCAGCAGCAGCAGCAGCAGCAGCAGCAGCAGCAGCAGCAGCCUCGCGAAGUCUCUGCAAACGCUGCAGCAGGAAAUAGCCCGUAUUCGGCUGCAGCACGAAGCUGCGCUGCAGUGUCUGGGCAGCUC